AAUUUCAAUGAUCACUGAUCAGUCUGUCAAUUGUCACUCAGUCAUUCGGCGUUCUUCAUUAAUUGAUGUUGUAUGUCGCUUUUUAAUGUAGACCGCGUAACGUUUAAGUAUUCUUUUAAAUUUUAAAACUAUUACAAUAAAUAAGUACAUUGCUAUUUUUUUAAACAGAUUUCGUUUCGUUCAAUAUUAAUAAUUAUGUCUGCUUUACCUAUUGUAUCAAUAACCAGAAGAGAAACUUUCAGUUCCUGCCACCGAUUGCAUAGCCCUUUUUUAGGCGAUGAAGAAAAUAAGAAGCUGUAUGGAAAAUGUAAUAAUCCAAAUGGGCAUGGUCACAACUAUGUUGUGCUUGUUACGGUAAAAGGACCAGUGGACCAGCAGACAGGGAUGGUGAUGAAUGUGCAUGAUCUGAAACAGUACAUGCAACAAGCUAUUAUGGAUCCAUUGGAUCACAAAAAUCUAGACCAAGAUGUCCCUUAUUUUAAGGCUGUGGUGAGCACCACUGAGAAUUUGGCUAUUUUCAUAUGGGAUCAACUUCAGAAGGUGAUGCCGAAACCACAGCUUUUGCAUGAAGUGAAAAUAUUGGAAACCGAAAAGAACCAUGUUGUAUACCGCGGAGGGACUACUUUCCCGCGCAAGAAAUUCGACUCGUCUAGCUUACACCCUGGAAACCACAACCAUGUCUCUUCAGACUCUGAUUAGAUGUGCUGCAAACUUGGAAGAAAAUUGAAUCUAUUAUUUUUAUAUCCUAUGGGACCAUUCCAUUUCAUAUUAGCAAGUGUUGCCAGAUAAACUUUAGCAUAUAUAUUUACAAUUAAGGUAAAAAAUAUAAUUAUAUAUUUUGGAAUCCUACUUAUUAUUCUUAGGAUAACUCGCGAUAAUCAAGGGAUUUGUUACGCGCACAGUAAUGUUUAGAAGCUUGUUCUUGCCAAAAUUAUUUAUCUGGUACAAGUUACACUUGUUAUUCACAUGAACACUAUAUAUUAAGUAAUAGCUUUCUUAUGUACCAUGUUAGAUGUUAUAUUGAAUCUGACUUUUAAAUAAAUUUUAAUAAAAA